UUCACGCGCGAUAUGACAUGCCGUGCCCCGUGACCAGACCUUUACCAUUCAAACACAAAAAAUGGCUUCUCCAAUCCCUUACUCUGUCGCCGACGACAAGGACCUCGACGACGCAGCUUUGUGGGCCGUAAUCGACACCGCAGCAGCCUCUCACUCAUCCUCCAAAUCUCGCAAGCCUCUCGCAAUCAAAUAUCCCAAUUUCCAGCCAGUAUCACCAAUCUCUAACCCCGCGCCGCCGACAAAGUUUACUAGAAACCCUAGGACCCCUAACUUUGCAGACUCCGACCCUAGGAUUUCUUCCGAAGGCGAGGUGGUGCAGGAACCAUGGAUUUAUCGCCCACCACGCAAGGUGGCGAGGACUUGCGCUUCGGUAGUGAGCGAGAGUAGUCCCCUCCUCGUGGUCAGGAAUGUGCAGCGCACGCCCACCACGCCAGCGUAUUCGUCUCCUGAAGUGCAUUUGUCUCCUGAUAUCGAAAGGUUCGGCGUGAAGGAGAUUAGUGCUCGUUCGGAGGGCUCCCCGGGGAGGUGUGGGUGGAGCGAGGACCUAAAUAUGAGGCAUAGCUUGUCUGGGAGGUUCCCUUCGGUUUCUCUGUUUAAGGAGUAUCAGAAUGCAGCUAUGGCGAUUUUGGAGAAAACUGAUUACACAAUGAUUUCUGGGAAUCCUUUCAUAAAAAAAUCAGGCUGGAGGAAGAUAUCAUUCUACUUCAAUCUCUCUUUUGAAAUCAAAGAUAAGACAAUUGAAUUUGAUGAGAACCGUAAUGUUCAGCGUGCUGAAUUUGUGGUUCGGGCAUACAUGCAAGGUGGUAGGUUCUCAGAUGGAUGGGGCUCAUGUGAGCGGCGUGAGAAGAGGUUCUUAAAACCAAAUCAUGAUAUACCAAGUACAGCAGAGACCAGAGCCAAAAAUAAAGCAUGCCAGGACCUGCUUGGAAUCGGAGAAUAUCGACCCGGUGCAAGCCAAGUCCAAGUCCAACGAUGACAGGAUCAAUCUUUGUGUCAAAAAAGGUGAGAUUGCAUGUGGCAUUAGCAAAAAGCUCUGGGCAGUCAAGAAAUGUGCAUUGAAUUUGAUUUGAUCGAGAUUGUAAAGGAAAAAGCAAGCAAAAGUUAAGAGUCUCCACGUGCUUGUUGAACGAGGAGAACGCUGCCUAAUUGCUUCUUUGUGAUAUUGAUGACAUUGAAGCAGAAAUAUUUUUCUUUCUUCCGUUUUUCCCCGUUCUGGGUAGCUAAAAGUAAUGGUGGGGGUAAGCCUAGUUUUUAUU